CAUAUUCGAAAGAUAAUUGUGCAUGAGCUGGUGUCUCAACAUCGCCUUCAAAUGCUUGCACAUAUUCGCGUCUCUGAAGUGAAGUCAUCCAUAAUAGACAUCUACAGAAGUUGGGUUAGAAAUAAAGAGUUUUCUGAAACCGUAAUGGUUGACAUGAAAGAAUGGUUUGGAAACUUGAUUGUGAACAUGGUUGUAAGGAUGUUGUUUGGCGAUCGUUUUUCAUCUGGUCAACAAAAUAGAGAAGAGUUUCUAAAGGCCAUUUGGCGGUUUGUGGACCUGUUUGGAGCGUUUGUUCCAUCAGAUGCCAUUCCAUGGUUGAGGUGGUUAGAUUUAGGAGGGUAUGAGAAGAAGAUGAAGAAGACCGCGCUAGAGUUAGAUAUGGUAGUUCAUGGAUGGCUAGAAGACCAUAAAAAGAAGAUGAGUUCUACUUCUACAAUGCAGGAAGAAGAGAGCAGACACCAAGCAGCCUUCCUGGCUGCAUUGUUAUCCCAUGUUAAGGAAGAAGUAAAGGAGGAAGUGUAUGGCUUCAGCACUGAACAGAUUGUGAAAGCAACAUGCUUGGCGAUAUUUGUAGCAGCUACUGACACGACAACAGUGACUCUAACAUGGGCUUUAGCUUUACUAGUCAAAAACCCGCUGGUGUUAAAAAAAGCCCAACAAGAGCUUGAAAACUAUGUUGGAAGAGAUAGAAAAGUUGAAGAGUCAGACAUGAACAAUUUGGUCUAUCUUCAAGCCAUUAUCAAAGAGACAAUGCGUCUUUAUCCAGCUGCGGCCCUUUCGGUUCCUCAUGAAUCUACAGAAGACUGCAAUGUAGGCGGUUACACUGUCCCUAAAGGCACUCGCCUUUUUGUAAAUAUUUGGAAGAUUCAUCACGAUCCACAAAUUUGGACUGAUCCAUUUGAGUUCCGACCUGAGAGGUUCUUGACAACCAAAAAAGAAAUCAAUGUGAAGGGACAGCAUUUCGAGUUGAUUCCAUUUGGAAGUGGUAGAAGAAUAUGCCCGGGGAUCUCCUUUGCUUUUGAAGCUAUGCAGUUGAUACUGGCCAGCCUAAUUCAUGGAUUUGAGUUCCAAAAUCCAUCAAAUGAGCAGAUUGACAUGACAGAAAGUCCAGGACUAACUAGUCAAAAAGCUACUCCACUUGAGCUAAUUGUCGCACCUCGACUAUUGCCACAUGUGUAUGGAGUCUUGGCUUAGGCUUCCAGUUACUUUAAACAGAAGUGCCGAUGUUAAAGAACUAUUCAAGCCAUAAGUAGCCACUAAAAGAUGUUGGAAGGAUGUACAUGUUUUCAGAAGUGCCGAUGUUAAAGAACUAUUCAAGCCAUAAGUAGCCACUCUUGUAGUUUCUGAAAUAAAUGCAGUUUGUUACAUUUCUGUUUUCAAAUUGUUGCUUUCCGUUGUCAUUAUCUUACCUGUUUAAGCUUUGUAUUGUGAUGAAUAAAGAUAACUUCUUCCAGCA